AUGAGCGCCACCUUCGCGAGCUCUGGCAAACCGACCGAGCUGGCCACCGCACCCGCCGCCGUCAGCAGCCGAUCGGCCAGUGGGCGCCGUCAGCAGAGCUCCAUGCUCAAUGUCCUGCCCGAGAGUCCUGUAGACGGCCAUUUUGCUCAUGAUAGCACCGAUGACGAUGCCAACCUGUCUCCCGAUCAGGACGCUAUCGAGGAUCAGGAUGCUGUCGAGGAUCAAGAUGACGCCCAGGCUGUCUUGCAACCGGCCAUGAGCGCUGCGGCCAUCCAUCUCACAUCAACUCACACUCCUGCGGCUGUAAAGGCCGCCGCACUGGAUAAGUCGGUCAAGGACUACAUGUUUGACACGACGGGACCCGACGGUGACGAUGCCGAUGCCGAAGAUACCGAACCCGCCUCUAGAAAACUCCCCGGCGCCUCAUCUGCCACCGCCUUCGACGAAGUGCGUCGAGGACAAAGCACUGUCCAGAAGUCACCCCAGACGACUACCCCCAGAUCCCGGCCCAUGUCCCUGGGUCGGCUGCCAUCUUCCGGUCAAACCCCGUCCCGUCCCGACCUACCCUCCCCAUGGCAUGUCGGCCCUGCGGCCAGGACUUUUCCCCUGCCCAAGGAAAGCACACACAGUCAAAGAUACAGCCGUCUACUCCCUGCCCGAGGUGUUCUGGAAGCGGCAUUUUCCCCCACAAGGAAUCGUUCGCGGUCAGCCGGCCAGGAGGCCCUCAAGAGGCUUCAGAAGGCUCUGCCGUCCUUUAGUGCACCUUCUCAUCUUCUACCGUCCCUGCCUUCGUCAUUCUUUUCCUCCUCGCCCUCUUCAUCCCCCACUACUGAUAAGCCCAGUGAGACGGCGGCCUCCACGAAGCGCAUAUCCAGUCCUUUAGCCCCAGUCAGCGACGUCCGUCAAGGGAGCGUCACCGGCGGGGUAGGCAAGUCGCAGUCGCAGAUCAACCGGCCAGGCCCCCCGAAACGAUCGGCAUCUAUCCAUUCGAGACAUUCCGGCACCGCCCCCGCAGUCCGCCCGCCCAUGCUACGUCGUGCUACGUCGGAUGAGAGCAUGCUAUACCACAGCCUGUCUAGGGCAUCCUCACUCAAUGAUAGCGAGAAGUUUUCUGAUGUGAGAGAGAUGGUUAACCUGCGCUUCCAGGCCGUGAAGGAGAGUCUCCCGGAUGUGUCAAAUUUCAAGAUGAAGAUACACACCCCCUCCUUUAUCUCAAUGAACUCGGUCCCGCCUCAUGACGGACCCGAUGGACCCCGCUCAGCUGGCUUGGAUCGAGAAUCGAGCAGCGGGUUCACAAAGAGCGGUGCCAGCGAUCUGGACAUUGCGCUACAGGAGCUGACGGGAGACGUAGUAGUCAUGGGCGGCUUCCGCGGGUCUGUGCUGCGGUCGGCGCAACCGCCGCACCAGCAGGUCUGGGCCCCUGUAAAGCUGGGCUUCAACAUGCGUAAGGUCAAUCUCGAGGUUGGUCUAGACGACGAGGAUGAGGAGCGCAUGGAGGAGACGAUCAUCCCUUCAGGCAUGCUCACCAAUGUCGGUCCGAUUGAUAUCUCGCGAAAGCUGAUCCGAAAGCUCCAGCACUGCGAGAAUGCUCGCAAGGGCAAGCUGCGCGUGUGGAACUACGGAUACGACUGGCGUCUCAGCCCGGCCAUCCUGUCACGCAAACUACGUGAAUUCCUUGAGACGCUACCGUCCAAUCAGCCAGGUGGUAUCACGGAGCCGGGAGCGCGGGGUGCAUUGGUUAUCGCGCACAGCCUGGGUGGCGUCAUCACUCGACACGCCGUCAACCAGCGACCGGAACUGUUCUCGGGUGUCUUGUACGCAGGAACGCCAAUCCGAUGCAUCAACAUCCUAGGGCCGAUACGCAAUGGCGAUGUGGUUCUGCUCAACGAGAAACUUCUGUCGGCUAGGGUCAACUUUAGCAUGCGGACAUCGUUUGUCUUUCUUCCCGAGGACGGCUUCUGCUUCAUCGACAAGAAGACGCAGGAGUCUUAUCCCAUUGACUUUUUCAACCCGCAGGAGUGGAUGAAGUAUCGUCUGAGCCCGUGCAUGCUACCUCCGCUCCCCCCGCGCAACCGGCCACCCCUCUCACCAAGCUCGCCGUCGCUGUCGUCAUUCCUGCCCACAGCACUGAGGUCUCGGGCCGAAAGCUGGUCGGAGAAGAGGUCGUCGGCGUCGAUUGACGGGGCGACAGCAGCAGCCGCCACCGCGGGGCACGGACACGAUGGCCAUGCUGUGGCCGAGGCAGCUGCCGAGACCGCCAUGGGACAGAACAAUGCCAACGCUAGACCUUCAUCCUCAUCAUCUGCAUGGGCUGCCACCCCACCGUCAGGUCUGGAGCAGCAGCGCAACCUGGAGUACCUCACGCGUACCCUGGCAGCGACACGCAAGUUCCGUCAGGAGCUGGAGCACCGCGAGGACCACCAGGAAGCCAACGCGUACCCACCGUUCGCGGUGUUAUACAGCAAGACGACGCCGACAGUGUACGCGGCGCAGGUAAAUGGGCGAGAGGGCAUACCGUGCGCAGACGCAUACGACGACCUGGUGUUCCGUGCGGGUGACGGUGUCGUGCUAGCCAAGGAGUCCAUGCUACCGGAGGGGUACUCUGUCGUGAAAGGCGGGAGAGUGCACACUGACAGGGGACACAUUACGAUGCUCGGAGACAUGGCUGCCGUGGGGAAGGCGCUUCGGGCGUUGGUAAGGGGAAGGCGCAAGGGGAUCGGGGUCAGCGGUGCUGCUGCGGUGGAUGGUUCCAGGAAGUAG